CCCAGGCUCUAUGACGAGACACUUCGUCGUGCUCGUCAGACGGCUCCUCGUAAUCCCGUAUAUUUUGAAGCGAUAUGGUUCUCUACACUCACCUGCAAACAGCGGUUCGUGAUAAAUCUUAUCGUUCGUCGUUUCUUUGAGCCCUCGAGACUACGGUGUUGCGUCGCUCUUGGAAGCUAUCUUUGGUGGCAUGUCCAUUCUAUCGUCUCCAAUCCCUUAUAAUAAUAUUGCGAUGAGUGAAGAAGAGACGGCAUCACGUUCUGCUGAGGCACUUCCUGAGCAGAGCAUUGCCUCAGCCAGGGCAUCUGUGAUGGUCUACGAUGAUGUGCUCAAGAAAUGGAUUCACAGUGGGUCUUCCACGGGCCUCUCAAAAGUACAUAUCUACCAGCACGUUGUCAACAGCGCCUUCAGAGUCGUUGGAAGGAAGCUGCAGGACCACGAGGUGGUCAUCAACUGUGCCAUAUUGAAAGGGCUCAAAUACAAUCAGGCCACCCCAACAUUCCACCAAUGGAGAGAUAAUAAGCAAGUGUAUGGCCUCAACUUCAGCAGUAAGGAUGAUGCAGACAAUUUUGCCACCGCCAUGAUGAGGGCCCUAGACAUCCUGAAUGGCAUUGCUCCUCCACGUCCUUUGGCCCCUUUGCCUACAGCCCCAACCACAAACCAGCCACAAAUUCCAAUCCCAGCCAUGAAUCAACCUAUCUACCAAUCUAUUCCUAGUGGAGUGGGCCCUGGUGGGGACUGGGAUGAUGGCUAUAGGUCCUUGACAAGGGAGGAAGCAAUAUACUACCCAGAUCGAAGAGGCUCAGCCCAACAACCAGGAGUGAUGAUGAAUCACUCAAACAGUUCAUCAAAUAUGAUGGUGACAAGCAAUGGUCCCUCUGUGGGGACACUCCCACCUGGAGCUGGAAGUGGAAUUCCUCCUGCACCCCCUCCACCGAAUCCUCCUUCCUCUGCCACGUUACCUCCUGGACACCACAGGACAUCAUCUGCCCCUCCUGCUCCCCACCCACCACAACCACCUCCCUUUUCCAACAUGGGAAAUGGAAGUGACAUUGUUGGCCCUCCUGCACCUCCUCUCCCACCUGUUAUGGGAGGUUGUCCACCACCACCUCCACCACCUCCUCCAGGUGAUGGCAUUGUUGGUGGAAGCAAUGGCACUCAAGAAACAUCAUCAUUGGCUGCUGCUCUGCAGAAUGCAAAACUUAAGAAGAGACAACCCACUGCUGAAUCCAGCUUAUCACUGAACAGCAGUAACAGUAGUGGUAGUGGAGGGGGAACAUAUGGGACUUUGGGAAGAGUGGCAGGUGGUGGUAUGGCUGAAAUGAUGGAUGAAAUGGCUAAAACUCUUGCAAGGCGAAGAGCUGCAGCUGAAAAUAAGGAUCCCAGUCAGGAGUAUGGAGAGGGAUUGCCAAAAGCCAAGAGUGAUAAACUUCCUCCACCAACAAAUGGAAGGGAGUCUCCAAAAACAAGCAGAAGGAGAUUGAGCUCCUCUGAAGAUAAUAUGAGCCCACGUGUGAAUGGGGUGGCAACUUCUGAUGACUCACAUUUUGAUCUUGAGGGGCUCAAGCAAGAAAUACUCAAGGAAAUGAAGAAAGAAAUGAAUAAAGUCAAAUUGGAAAUAAUAGAAGAUUACCAAGCCUGUGUUUAUGUGCUUCAAAGUGGUAUCUGCACGGCAAAAUUAAAUGUUGCUGCUGCUGAAACUUCAGUUUCUCCAUUUCCAGAGACCAAGAGGGAUUGA